AUGGCAUCUCGGGAGGCGACUGAAACAUCCUUCUUCAGCCUGAGUGGUGUAAGAGAGCGGAUGCGGGAGAAGAAAAACGGAGCCUUGAGGACUGCAAAGUUGAAUGCCUCGCUUGCAUCAAAAAUCAAAACGAAAAUAAUUAACAACUCCUCCACUAUUAAAGUCUCCCUAAAGCACAACAAUAAAGCACUGGCCCUGGCCCUCAAUGCGGAGAAAGCCAAUGCACAGCGGCUCACCCAGGAGAAGACCAUCUUACAGAAGGAGGUGGAGCAGUGCCACUUCCAGAACGCUGUGCUGCGGCACAAGCUCUCCUUCCUGAAUAACACCUUGAAAGAAUUUGAAAACCUUAUGGCUGCAGUUAAGAUGGCCCGGCUGUCUGAGUUCCAUACAAGUUCUGCAUCCUCGUCCAAUGGCCAGAAAAGCAGCAUGACUGAAGAUAGCUGGGCCGAUGAUAUUGCAGAUGGUCAGCUUGUCAGGGCUGCAGGGAUGCCGAUGAGGGUGCCCAUUUCCAGGCUGCGUGAUGCAGGACAGCAAGGUGGCAGCUCCAUAGCAGUACAGACAUCCUUACUAGAUCUUCAGAGACCUCCUUCUAAUGAGCUCCUGGAAGUUGUGCCUGUUGCCUCCAAAGACACUUUGUCACCACAGCCUGCUGAGGAGCCUCAGUCCCACCAGGAAGAGAAAGGGAAGAAGCCAACUAAAGCAAUGGAAGCACAAGAGGCUUUUCUUGACUCUCACAUCUUUGGAGGACAUGUUACUCAGAGGAGAAAGCGUUCCACCCUGUUUGCAACCAGCACUCCAUCUUCUGGUGUGGAUAUCUUCCCACGUGUCAGUUCCACUCAGGCAGCUCAGUGGAGUAUCACAAAGGACAGCAGCAGCUCCAGCAACAUGCAGCUGCAGCUGAAAUCUCCCAGCUCCCUGGUUUCACCUACUCAAACCACUGUUAUUCCUGAUAGAAAAUCAUUGGGUAAAGAGAUUUUCUGUGAUUGGCCACAGGCUAAAGAAACUGGGUGUGGUGUUGAAGUGGACCCUAACAAUAGCCAAGUCCCCGAGUUUGUUCCUGUAAAGGUUAAAAGCAAAGGUAAUUGUAAAACUCAUGAGAAAACAACUGUUAAAAAAGCAAGCACAGGAAAAAAGAAAACAAAUGCCAUUAUAAACAAUUCAGAAGGUAGUCCUGAUCUACCUCAAGGUGAGGAGAGUGCUCAAAAUGUGAAGAAGCUUCAGCCAAAAGUUGCAACAUGUUCUAGUGAGUCUGAAGCCUCUGAGAUGAGGCAGAAUGUUUGCAUGGGGGCUUUCAGCAGAAAGAACAGAGGCUGUGGUGUGGAGCAACGUUCCUGCUCUCUUGAUGGAGUCCAAGAUCUCAGAAGAACGUAUGUGGUGAAUCCAGCACAGCUGCACAGUCUUGGAAGUGGUGACUUACUGCAACAGGUUAAGAAGGAAGCUGUCUUUGAGAUCCAAAGUAUGGAUAGCUUGUCAAAAAGCCAAGUUCGUACCUUCUCAAGUCCUGAAGUUCCCUCAGAUGAUUCCAGUUUACAAAAUUCACUUUUCUUGAGGAGAGAGACCUCAAGUGCCUGUGCUUUGCAAGAGGACUCAAGUGUGAGCACAAAGAGCAUCAGACAGAAAACCAACAGGAAACCUAGAGUAAUUAGGCAAAGAGAUUACUCUGGUGAGAAUCUGCCAAACAGCAUGAAAAUACCAGAGGCCAAAGCUGAAGAACAGCCUAAAAGAAGCCAGACAAGCAGGAAGAAGACUGUCAGGAAAAACAGUUGUAGUGAUCAGAGAAAUGAAGUUGAUGGUUUUGGGCCAUGUAUAGAUAUUCAAAGAGUAGCUAAGGAGAGCACAAAGGAUUUGCCAGGUAAUCUGAAAUGUAGCAGGAAAACUUACAUUGUCUGUCCUUUGGAUCUUUUAGGAAACUUGGGUUGUGUCCAGGCAGAUUUUGAAGGGGGUGAAAUUGUACCUCCCAGGUCUGUUCCUGGGAGCAAAGCUAGCAAAAUCCCCAGAGUUCAGAGGAUGGUAGCUGCUCAGAGCAAUAAAAAACAGACAGGGGGCCUUCAAGAAAAGGGACAAGCUAAAGUUGACAACAACAUGAAUGCUUUGAAAAAAGAGGCUUGUCCCAAACCGAAGCCUCAGAGGAAGAGGAACACCCCUAGUCCUCCAGAGACUGAUUCCCUGGACAGCCAAAGUGACGGUGCCAAGGCACUCAUUGGAAGUUCAGCGGAACUUGCAUCCAACCAAAAUGUCCUGAUGGGGAAGUUUUCCUGCAUUACAGAUCUGCUGUCUGAGCCAGACGCCUUCCUGGAGGAGCAGAUAGCUGAAAUACCGCUUACAAACUAUCUUAUGGAUGUUUCACACAGUCUUGAAUCCUCCUCUGUGACCUGUUCUGCAGCUUCGCCUGGUUGCUCCAGGCUUACGGAUAUACCAGUUUCCAAGAGCUUAAGUACUGAGGGCAACAAAAUGCCAGAGAAAUCCUCUGUUUGGCCAGAAAGGUCCCUGAUAUUUAAAGAAAAGACUGCAGAGGAAAUAUCUGGCGAAAGAAACCAGGUUGAGUCAAGUUCUCAGAGCCCACCUUCACAGGAACCCGGGCCCAAUGAUACUAGCAGUAUUAGUGACCUGUAUUUUUUCAGUGAGGAACCUAAUUUGAUUCAUGAGCUGGCUUCUGAGGAGCAGGUCUGUGAUUUUGAACAAAAAUGGUCUCCUGAGUUUAGAGGGAAUAUGAUUGAAUUCAGAAUUGUGCAGUGUUCAAAGAAACCUGAGAUCAGGCCACUACAGGACUUGACCAAUGCCAGGACUCUGUCUUCCUCCAGCUUGGAAGAAGUGUCAGGGUGCUCAUCCAGGCGGAGACGGGACCCAGCCUGCUAUGCAGAGCCCAAACUCAACAGGAAACUGAGGCGGGGUGACCCAUUUACAGACAUGGAGUUCUUCCACUCCCCCCUCCACAAAACCAAAAAGAAAACUGCCAAAGCCAAGGAAAUGACCAGGAAGAUCAAAGAGGAAAAAGAAUGGCUUCCUGAAGGAUGUCCCAGUGUCAAGGCAAGCAAGCUAGUGACAAUGGGAAAAAACAUGGAGCCAGAAGUAAAACAGUGGUUGAACAGGCAACCCCCAAGCUGCUAG